CCCUGACCACUGUCUAGCUAAAUAAUUAUUGGGUUUGCAUAACAAUAAUUUCGUAAAUAUAUAAAUACAAGCCAACGUCUUGGUCAAGUCAAUCGUCACUUUACCUUAGAAAGGACAAGUCACCCAAUCGUAUUUAUCACUGAUUCUGACAAGGUAGCGUCUUGUGAAAUAAGCCAGCCUUAAUCAUGACAAAUUUCGUUGGAGCGAUUGAUCAAGGGACAAGCUCGUCCAGGUUUCUGAUAUUUGAAUCAAAUACGGGAAGAUUGGUGACUUAUCAUCAGACCGAGAUUCCAAGAUUUGCACCACAACAAGGAUUAGUCGAACAAGAUGCCAAGAUUUUGAUAUCUUCCACUCUCACCUGCAUCGAUCAAUGUGUCGAAAAAUUUGAGGCUUUGGGAUUUUCUGUCUCGCAAAUUAAGUCAGUUGGCAUAACGAAUCAACGAGAAACGUUCAUCGCGUGGGAUAAAAUUACCGGAAGACCGUUGUACAAUGCAAUUGUUUGGAUGGAUACCCGAUCCCGUCCUGCCGUGGAGGAGUUUUUAUCCACGAAGAAAGAAGAAUGUGAAAAAAUCCGUCGAAUGUGUGGCCUUCCGAUGAGCACAUAUUUCAGCGCACUUAAAAUGAAAUGGCUUCUGGAUAAUGUGCCCGAAGUUAGAAAUGCGUCUGAUGAAAACCGAUUAUUAUUUGGUACCGUGGAUUCUUGGCUAGUUUGGAAUUUGACUGGAGGGAUCAGUGGGGGUCUACAUAUCACCGAUGUUACCAACGCUUCAAGGACCAUGUUAAUGAACUUGGAGACCUUACAGUGGGAUCCAUAUUUGUGUGAAUUUUUUGGGAUUGAUGUCCAACUGCUCCCUGAAAUUAGAUCUUCCUCAGAGAUCUAUGGGCAUUUUGUGACCACAAAACUUGCCAAAAUUCCAAUUUCCGGGAUUUUGGGUGAUCAACAAGCCGCAUUGGUCGGUCAGUCAUGCCUCAGACCAGGCGAAGCAAAAUGUACGUAUGGAACAGGUUGCUUUCUUCUGUUCAACACUGGAGAAAAGAUCGUUCAUUCCACUCAAGGCCUCCUGACCACGGUUGGUUAUAAGUUGGGCCAGGAUUCUCCCGUCGUGUACGCUAUGGAAGGGUCCAUCGCCAUCACGGGGGCAUGCAUUCGCUGGUUGAGGGACAAUUUGGGCUUUGGGAAGAACUAUGGAGAACUGGUCCAAUUGGCCGACAGUGUCGACAAUACGGGAGGAGUUUUCUUUGUCCCUGCUUUCUCGGGACUGUUUGCCCCCUACUGGAAAUCCGGAGCAAGGGGCCUAAUUUGUGGCCUUACCGAGUUUUCGACGAAAGCUCACAUAACUCGAGCCGCCUAUGAGGGCGUUGCUUUUCAAGUGAAAGACAUUUUAGACGCGAUAAACAAUGAGGCCGGUGUGGUUCCACUCUGCUCUUUACGAGUCGAUGGUGGCAUGACCGUUGUGGACAGUUUGAUGAGGAUGCAGGCUGAUUUCUUAGGGAUUGAAACACUACGGGCAAAAAUGCCGGAAACAACUGCACUCGGAGCCGCAAUGGCGGCCGGAUUCGCGAAGGGGGUGGAUGUUUGGAAUCCAUUCUUGGAACAGGAAGAUGCCAUUGGUGUGGACGUAUUUCGACCCACCAUGGAUCAAAAAGAGCGGGACGAGCGACACGCAAAAUGGAAGAAUGCUGUAGCUCGAAGUUGGUAAAAUCGCUGCAAAAAUCAGACUUGCAGGAACAGUUUAUACCUUAAAAAAUACAAAUAUUUGACAAGAAAUGAAAGGCAUAUGGAUCUAUAAGGCUAGUUAACUUUGAAGUAUGUAAAUUUAAUAUUUCGUCAUCAAUUAAUUCGAAUUCUCCAAAUGUUUAGCAUCUCGUCAUAGAAGAAUACUUUAAUAUGCUUCACAUUUAUUGCUCAAAUGAAAAUAACCUUAAUCCUCAAUCUGUACAAGCUUCAAAAUAAAUAAACUUGUUUAGCAUGAAUUAGUAAGUAA